AUCUUUUAUUCUUCAUAUUGCUGAUUUUUUGUAUGUUUAUUGAAAGUUUUAUAUAGAGAACAUUGCCUUUCUAGACCUCCUUUCUUUUUCAUUUUUUCCUUACUUUCUCUCUUUAGGUCUAGCCUAUAUUGGUAUAUCAUGGGUUUCUUUAUCAUUAGGCUACUAUUUAUUAUUUAUUUAUUUAUCCAAUGUUAUAUAAUUCAUUUUGGGAGGGAUGACGGGGAACUCUGAUAUUCUAAAUGCUCUUCAUAUAAUUCACAGUUAGUAAAACAAAAAGAAAGGCGAAAUAUAUAGUGUACAUAAGUAGAUAAAAAGAAAAUUGCAUUGAUUCAUUAUAUUGAUUGAUUGAUUGAUAUAUAUAGUUUAUUGUUGCAAGUAAAACAACAAAGGAGAAGGGAGGAGCUUUAUAUAUAGUGAAAAAAAUCAAGGAGCGUUUUUUUCCAGAUUGUCCAUAGUAACGUGAUCGCUUCGAAGACCUCCUUAGCAAAGCAGGAAUAACUGACCUAAGAUGAACUGGGUGGGAGGCGUGAGGCGACGGGUGCUGCAGAGGGAGGAGAUGAAGCUUCGUCAAAGUCUAUUUUUUGCUGCCCACGCUGCCCACAAGCCAACAAGUGCCACUGGGACAGCAGAUAGACAGGACACUAGCAGGACUACAGCUGGACAUGGGGGCACCAGCAGAACAGCAGAUGGGCAGGGCAGCAGAAGGAUAGUAUAUGAGCAGAAAGGAACUAGCAGGGCAGUAGAUAAGCAGGAUACCAGUAUGACAGCAGAUAGACCGAAGGAUACCAGUAGUACUCCGCAAAAGGGCACCAUCAGGACAGUAGAUGUACAGAACACAAGCAGGACAGCAGAUGGGCAGCAGGGCGCCAGUAGGACUCAACACACCACAUUUGCACCCCUUGUCAACAGGAGUAGGAUCAGUCCUCGUAAGUGGAGAAGAGAUGACAUGGUGUGCGAGAAACUCCGACGAGGAAAGGCGUGGGACUCCUACUCCCAAUACAUGCAUAAAGAGAAGCAGGGGGGCGCCCAUGGCAGUGACACACAGCCCGCCAAGAAGAAACACAGAAAGGCCAGCCAGAAACCUUCAAAUGCUGCCAUCAUACGCCCAGCCUCCUUCCACGGGCCCUUCUCUCGAUAUCUCCUUAGGUUGGAGCUCCAGUCCGUUGGCUUAAAACUGGAGGAGGGGAAGGAGAAACAGGACCCAUUUGAGAAGCAUAAAUUCAACAAAAGCAGGACAAGGGAGCAGAGGAAGGAGAUGGACAGGGAGGACACAGCAUCUGACAGGAACAGAAACGCUGGUGCGGGAAAUCUGUCGACAGGGAACCAAGAAAAUGGCACAAAAAAUCCUCCACAAGACCCUCAAGAUGUCAGAACUAGACAGAAAAGUACCACCAACGCAAAUAUCACUAAUCAAAACCCAGGCCAUGAAUUACCUCAGAGCAAAACCGCAAAGGACCAUACCAAAGGGAACAACACUGCAGCCACUAAAGGACACCAGGAGAAUGAACGUUCGAAGAUUAUUAGCGGAGACAAUAUGCACAAAAGUAAGAAACCCGCACCGAAAAAACAUGGUAGUAGCAGAAACAACACAAGUACACAACCUUCGCAGAACCACCCUAACAAUCAAGCAGAUCCAAGUGCCAAAACAAGAGGCAGGAAGGAGGACUCAGAUAACAGGAGCAAGGAACAUCAUAAACGUCACAGCACUGCAAGAAAGAUCGAAAGACACUCGCUGGAUGAUAAUGAAACCCAGUCGAGCAGAAGUACAAGAACCAGAGGAAGAAAAGAGAAAUCCUCCAGUAGCACAAAUAAGAGGAAACAUUCGAAUAUCACAGUUGAUGCUCACGAUGUCAAUACUUAUACAAAAAGCAGAGAUGGGAAAGAUAACUCCACCAACAGCCUGGCACACAAAGAACAUCCUAGGAACACAGUGAAUACCAAAGAUACCCCAAAAUUCACACACAUCAGAGGUGCCAACAGAACUAACACCCAUGAAACCUCAAGGAAAUCUGACAAGGAACGCCGAGAAGAAAAGUCAAGUGAGAGAGCUGGCAAGACGGAUUCAGCGGAGGAGGAACGAAGCCGCAGUAAAAGAAGACACAAAGGCCCUGACCUGCUUGCUGGCGCCCCUCAGAUUCGGCAGAUUCUCUCCCUCAGCCCAGAACGUCACAAGGGCAGAAUAUGGGCUCCCCUCAACCUAUCUUCGGAUACCUCCAAAGCCAAAACAAAGCCUAAAGAAGCCACACAGGGUAGUCUACAUAAGGAACAAGUUCACUCACAUCAGGGAGGUAGCAAGAAUGAACAGGAGAGGAAGAGUAAACAUGAAACUGGGGAGAGAAGCAGAGAACAAUGCAAGACUGGCAGGAGUAAACACCAGAAAGAGUGGGAGGAUGCACGUUUAGCAAUGCUCCUUGGGCCUCAGAUCAAAGGCACAUCAGACAAGGGAAAGGAAUGGCAGAAGGAUGCAUAUGAGAGGCAAAGCAAUGUGACAAGUGACAGCCAGACAAAACAAAGAUCUUUAAAACCUCAGCCUACUGAAAAUGAACCUAGGCAAACUGACACCACUGGCCAUACAACUGAGGCUUUACCAGGCAGAGACAGAACACCAGAGACCACUAAGAACAAGAUACAAGAGAGUGAACACCUGGACAACCGAAGACCCAAACUGAGCACUUACACACGCAAGAUCUACAUUAUUGAGAGUGGGUUGAGUUUUGCCCGGGAGAGGAAAGACAAGACUCCCUACCUUGACCGGAGCUUUGGCACUCCCUGGCUUGGUAGUGCCCUCAUCAAAACCCCAGGAAGCAGCAUCUCCUCAUCCAAGACCCCAACAGACCCGACACUGGAGGGGUCAUGUGAGGAUCCUUUUGGGAGUCAGGGAACAGAGUUACACCUCAACACCCCUUUACAAAACAUGACAAAUGACCACAAUCAGGAGAACAGGGAAAAGACAGUGGAGAUGGAGGCCAAAACAACAAAGGUCAAUGUUAACAUGAACCCAAGCCAACUGUUCAGUCCCCAAUAUGCCUCUCAAGUUCUCAACAGUUCUCCUUCAACUAUACAAAACUUGGAAGAGAUGAGGAAGUGGGUAGCAAGGAAAAAUUACAGUGAAUUAGCAUCAGACAAACUUCAGUUCCUUGCAGGCCCAGCUAGUGAUGAAAACAAACUUGUGGACUCAACCUACCCUGGGCCCAUUUCCUCUCAGUGGCAUGGAGCACACACCAAUCCCACAUCACUUCCACAACACCAAUAUGUCACUCAAGAAGGAAAUUGUCCUGAUGAAACCUCAUUAGGUUUUAAGAGAAUGGACUUAUUUACUGAUGACCACUCAAAGAUCACCCACACCCAAGAAGCUUUACUGGGAAGAAAACAUAACCCAGACACCCCACACUUUGCAAAGAGUCACACCUCUCACAUCACAAAUUGGGGUCAGUUUGGCAUUAGUGUUGAGCAAAGCCAAGCCAUUACUGAAAAUGGUGGCCACUUUCCUUCAAAUGUUGAGAUUCAGACAGACCAUCCAGGUGACUUGCACCCACAGCAUGUAAGCAGCACUCCUAUGUAUCACUUCAUGGCACAAGAUUAUGACACAAACCAGGAUGCAAUACACAGCCCUAACUCAGCUGUCAGUAUGUCUCAAGGCAUAUAUGCAGACAAUAUGUCCUUAUUCAAACAUUGCAGUCACUUCCUCCAACCCUCAGCCUAGGAGUGGAGCUGUGAAUGGGUGUGUGGCCUACAGCACACAAUCAAACUGUGGUAUGAGUUGCAGCUAUUAUAGUGCAUGAGAAUCACAAUUCUAAUGAGAGAAUCACUUAGAGACUUUCAAACACACAGCACCAUCUUACUGGUGUUCUUCCUGCCAUCUGCUCUUCUAUUUACUCUCAUACACCCUCUUUGCAAAAUUACCAUUCUGCAUUCUCUUAAUAGGUCAAAGUCCCCUCAGUGAAGUAUACUUUACCUGCUCUGCUAAUCUGCAUUUUAAAUCUUUGGCUCUCACAUUCACACCACAUAUCUAGUGC